AUGCAGCACCCUGGAAUUCCUGCGAAAACGCACCUGCACAGGUGUGCCGCCCGCCACGCGGACACCGCCGUGCACCGCGCUUUCCAGAUAAAAGCCUUUAGCACGGAGUUGAAAAACCAUGUGCUGGUCAUGGAUUUUGUGAAGAAGAACCGGUUCCCCUCCCAGAGAAGAGCCAAGGUGUGUGUCAUCCAUAUGUAUCAAGGCCUGAAGACAGCUGAGCGGGCGGCCGGCAGAUACGAGGGGCCUCUGGCAUCACCCAACCCGAAAAUGAUUUCGUCCACGGUCAUUUCUCAGCUGAUGGAUGAGAGCAAGUCCAAAGAAGACAGGGCUGCCCUGCCUGUGCUGUGCGCGGACCCUCAGCUUCCCACGUGGCCCGUGAAGCGGGCUCUGGCCAGUUGCAGUGGGGUCACCAUCGACAGGGCCUUCGCCUUUCUCCCUGGCCAGCUAGGGAUUCAGACAGCAGCCGGGGCUCGAGGACGCAAGGCUGAGCUGGCCCCCAAAGAGGAGGAGCCGGGCAGCAGCCCCCGAAAGGGGUUUGCAUCCAUCACCAUCACGGCCAGGCGUGUGGGCCCCCCAGCCAGCAGCUUGGUGUGGGGGGCUGUGAGGGACCCACUGUGCACCAGGUGCAGGGCCCAGGACCCUCUGCUCAGGGACCCUUCUGUCCUGGCUAGCGGAGCCCAUCCAGGCCGGCACCGAGGGCCUUUCGCCUGCACGGAAUCCUCCAGAAACAGCUCUGUGAUGAGGCUGAGGUUCCCCGAGGCCCACAUGCAGCUGUGUGACGGGCACCAGUACUGGGUCACCAGUGUGGACCACAGAGAGAACAGGUUUCCUCCAGACCCCCCAAGGUCGGGAAAGAGUCCACUGCUGUUCAGCUCCUGUGUCCACCUCAGGGUGUCUCAGCAGUGUCCGAAUGCCAUCUACUAUCUGGACAGGCCCCUCUCCGUCCCCGUGGAGCCGACGCCACUGGCCAGCCCCAAGAUGCACAGGUCUGUCCUGUCCCUCGACCUCCGCUGCAGUUCCCACGGACUGACACCAGAUGGGGCAGGCGGCACAGCCAACGCCGGGCCAAUCAGCAGUGCCCUGAAGCCGCAGCUCACCAAGGGGGGCCCUGGUCUCCUGGGCCCCCGCUGGACCCCGGCGGUGCCACCGACUCUGGGGCCGGUGCAUUUGGGGACUGGCACGUGUCCUUGGGGUGGCUCCCCUCGGUUGGACGAUGCAGAGUUCGCAGCCGUGGGAGCUCAGCAGAUUGCCCUGAGGAGAGGGGAGGAAGCCACGGCCACGUGCUGUCACGCCAGCGCUCACGGCAACCAGCUGUCCAUUCACAUUCCCGGCUGGAGUUACAGGGCGGGCGAUUACACGUGCUGCGACUUGGUUGUGAAGUUAAAGGAGCGCCAGAGGAGCGAGGCCUCCGCCACACCCACGCCGGCCCCUGAGCCCACGCCCGCACCUGCACCCAUGGCACCCCGGCCGGCACCCUCCGAGGAACCGGAGACCCCCGACCUGCAGGAAGACCUUUCUGAGAGCCAGCAGACGCCUGCCGCUGCCUCCUUGACCUUGCAGGAAGCCCUGGAGGUCCGGAAGCCGCAGUUCAUCUCUCGCUCACAAGAGCGGCUGAAGCGGCUGGAGCGCAUGAUCCAGCAGAGGAGAGCCCAGCGGAAGGAGACCCCAGGGCCAAAGCAGGGCCCCCUGCCCGUCCGCGCCAGCAAGAAGCAGUUCACCGUCCCCCACCCACUUAGUGAUAACUUGUUCAAGCCCAAAGAAAGGUGCAUUUCGGAGAAGGAGAUGCACAUGCGCUCUAAAAGAAUCUAUAACAACUUGCCGGAAGUCAAAAAGAAAAAAGAAGAGCAGAAGAAAAGGCUGAUCUUACAGAGUAACAGACUCCGCGCAGAAGUCUUCAAAAAGCAACUGCUAGACCAGCUCCUUCAGAGGAAUGCCGUCUGACCGCAGGCCACCCCGCCGACCUGCCGCCUGGACCUGGAUUGGCUUCAGACGCUGCGUAACCCAUUAAACUUAGCGUGAGCUACGUGACGUCAAGUACUUAUUCCACUUUUUUAAUUUUAUUUUUUCAUAAAGGAAAACCUAGUUUCCCGAAUUGCUGACCCAAACCAAGCAAAAAUGGUGACAUUUGGGGAAGUGGGUCAGCAGAUGGGUGGGGGUCACGUCACAGAACCCACCAGGUCCCCUCCCUUCUUCUGAAUUUUCCCCUUUGCUUCCGAUGUCCCCUCCCUGCCCCCCAUUCCCACUUAGGCAGAAGGGCUUUGCGCACCCACGUGCAAAUUGCCCCAUCAAAUUGCUGGGGCCUGAGCACCUCACUUUUGCAGUACCAACCCCAGCUUCCAGCAGCUCCGCAAACCCGGCCUCCGGGUCACCGCACGGUGUGUUUAAAAUCUCUCUGGACGUGUGCGCCGCGUGGUGCUGGGGGCUGUGCCCGAGAGCAGGGAGCAAGGGGCCUGGUGCCUGCGGCCUGAGGUGGGGGCCAGGCAGCCCUCACUGCUCCACCCAUUCCCCCCCUUUCUUCAUUUAGCAAGUCUGUUUCCAUGGCCCCUGUCAGGGCAGAAUCCGCUGAAAAUAACUGGAGGCGACCUCAGUGUGCCCUGCACCCCCACCGUCCCCACCCCCCACCAUGCCCACCUCCCCACGAUGACACCCUCCCACUGCUGUCCCCAAAGAAGGGCUGCCUUGCUGAAGAUGGCCCCCCAGCUUCAAGGCUGCCUGCAGUGUGUCCUUGCAACAUUUACUGUGUUUAUAAACGUGUGUUUGGGGAGCUAAGAACCUUCUAGUUUUUAUCAAAAAUGGAAAUAA